AUGUCUUCAUCUGGCCAUCAUUCAAGUUCUAGCCGGGAUACAACACAACAUUCAAGUUCUUCAUCUGGUCAUCACUCAACUUCUAACCGUGAUAAAGUACAACAUUCAGGUUCAUCACCAACGGGUGGAUCAGGAGGAGCUGAUACAACUGGUCAACCAAGUAGCAUAAGUGAAUCAGCUGGUCAUGGAUAUAGUGGAUCAACUGAUACUGGCAGCUCAAACAAAGCGGAUCAAAGUGACAUGAGUACUGGUAGUAGCUCAGGCCAUGAUAUAGGAGAAUCAUCUGGUCAAGGUGAUAGUUCAAGUGGUUCCAGCACAAACAACAAUCAACAUCAAUAA